UGUUAUGCGAGGAAGAAAGGAAUAAGAAGCCAAAGCAUGAGAAGCAAUUCCACUUCUUUCCUUCUUUCUUUCUUAACCCAAACCCAAUCAAAAGGUUAUUACUUAUUCCUAUAAACUAACACCCACAAAUGAAGCAAAAGCAAUACCCAUGAAUCCAUCAUGUCAAGAAUUUAAAACUUGAACUCAACCCAUCACUCUUCAAUAUCUUUCAUCCAUAGAUAAAAAAUAAAAUAAAAAGUACUUGCUUGGAUUAUCAGAGAAAGAAGAUGAUGAAGGUUGGAAAGGUGGGGUGGCUUGUGGUGUUGGUGCUUACCGUGAUGGUGUUCAAUUUGUCUACUUGUUCGGCUUGGUUUGGUAGUAAACACAAAAGUUUAAGGAACUCCAUUCUCCCAGAUGAUGUCUCAUCCUCAACAUCAAGGUUCAUGAAUCCUGCUGGUUCCUCAAUUGUGUUCCCCGUUCAUGGCAAUGUUUAUCCUGUUGGGUUCUAUAAUAUUACUCUCAAUAUCGGCCAGCCACCAAGGCCCUUUUUUCUUGAUGUUGAUACGGGUAGUGACCUCACAUGGCUCCAAUGUGAUGCCCCUUGUUCCCAUUGCUCUGAGACACCACAUCCACUCUACCGACCCAGCAAUGACUUUGUGCCCUGCAAGGAUCCUCUCUGUGCAUCCUUGCAGCCAACUGAUGACUACAACUGUGAAGACCCUAAUCAAUGUGACUAUGAAAUUGAAUAUGCUGAUCAUUACUCAUCCCUUGGUGUACUUCUAAACGAUGUUUACCUUCUCAACUUUACAAAUGGUGUCCAACUUAAAGUUCGGAUGGCACUUGGAUGUGGAUAUGAUCAGGAUUUUUCACCUUCUUCUUACCACCCUUUAGAUGGAAUACUUGGCCUUGGCAGGGGAAAAGCCAGCUUGAUAUCACAGCUGAAUAGUCAGGGCCUGGUGCAAAAUGUGAUUGGACACUGUUUGAGUUCAAAAGGAGGAGGAUAUAUCUUCUUUGGAAAUGUUUAUGAUUCUUCUAGACUGAGUUGGACUCCAAUUUCAUCUAUAGAUUCCAAACAUUACUCAGCAGGGCCAGCUGAGCUUGUUUUUGGAGGAAAGAAGACUGGGGUAGGAAGUCUGACUGCUGUUUUUGACACUGGGAGUUCUUACACUUACUUCAACUCUCAGGCUUACCAAGCAUUACUUUCUUGGUUGAAGAAGGAAUUAACAGGAAAGUCUAUAAAAGCAGCACCUGAUGACCAAACUUUACCUCUCUGCUGGCACGGUAGAAGACCUUUUAAAAGCAUACGUGAAGUCAGGAAAUAUUUCAAGCCUCUGGCACUUAGUUUCACCAAUGGUGGAAGAGUUAAAGCUCAGUUUGAGAUCCCUCCUGAAGCUUAUCUGAUAAUAUCAAACAUGGGAAAUGUUUGUCUAGGCAUUCUAAACGGCUCUGAAGUAGGGUUGGGGGACGUGAACCUAAUUGGAGACAUAUCCAUGCAAGACAAACUGAUGGUAUUCGACAAUGAUAAGCAGUUGAUUGGUUGGGGAUCUGCAGAUUGCAACUAUGUUCCAAGAUCCAGACAUGUUAGUAUCUGAUCAUAUAAAACACCUAAUAGGCUAAUACUCUCAUGUAUAUUGUUGGUAUCAUCAAGAGAGUAGAUAUUGUCCUGCAGUCAUAAUAGAUCAUGGUGAUAUUGUACUACUAAUGUACUGUCUGUCUUCUUCGCACGUACGA